AUGGAAUUCAAGGCACAGUUUGACAAACUGGUUCGUAAUUCGAGAUUGGAUUUGUUUGAUACGGUGAUUAAAGGAAUGGUAAGUUGAAAGUUUUCCUGAUAUAAUUUUAGAAUAUAAACUUAUCAUGUUACUUUAGAUUAACAACUUGUGUUCACAACAAGAGUCAGCUGAAGCAAUGGCCGUUUUAGAAAAGUUUCGAACGGCAGUUGAAAAGACGAAGCAAGUCACUUUAAACUUGAAUAACGACGAGAAGGACAAGUUGAAUGCCUGGAACAAUCUCAACGAUUCCGCGGCCGAAGAAAACUUUUACACACAAAAAAUGAAAGUCAGUUGUUUACUUUAUUAAUUUUAAAUUGCAAUAAUUAAUUUCAGGAGCUUCCACCGGAGGACUACAAGAACAUCAAAAAGGCUUACAGCAAGAUACUGGAGAACAUGUUCAACUCCAACCUCCCGGAGCAUUAUAAUCAAAUGUUCUCCCAGCUGUCAGAGAAAGACUUUGACCAGCUACGACUUUUGGCAAAGGAAGAGCAAAAGGAAGGGAUCAAGGACUUUGUGCUACACAAGUCCGCUAAACUGGGUCUUGCUCAAAGUGAUAUAAAUGAUUUAUUUGAUUACUUUACAAACUCAUUCAAGCUGGUGACGUUAAAGGAAGGCUCUGGUACGCGUCAGUACCAGUACCGACCCGAAGACAACGAUGACAGUGUCUUCUGGACAUAA